UCGUGACGUCACCACAACCAGGCCACGCCUGCCACGUGACGUAGCCCGCUUCACCCACACAUCAACGCACAGACGAAGCCUGAGACGCCCCGAGCCAUUUCCAAACUUCGCGUUUAAAUUACAAAGAGCGACAGCUGUGGGUGACGCCGCGGGAGCGGUUCGAUUGCCGCUGCCUCCGGGCGACGACUGCUUCGGUUUUGCGGCCUUGCGGGGCCAACAGGUGACGGUAGCCCCCGCUUUGACGGGGCAGGCCGCAGCAGGCCUCCUCGGAGCCUUACGUGUUUCCUGAGCGGCCUCCCCCCAUGGCCUCGGGCAGCGACUCGGCUGACGAAGAGUUCUUCGACGCUGAGGAUGACGUGGACUCGACGCCGUCGCGGCGUUCGUCUUCAAAGAAGCUGAUCAAGAACCCAGCAGUGUCUGAUGAAGCUGUCGGAGAAGAUUCUGGUGGUGGUGGAACAGCGUGUGCUCUUGCAGAUGCAGAGAAGGAUGACUUGCAGAGCCACAGCAUACAGCGCAAGCCAGAGGAGCCGCCCCGGCCGGCCCAGGCAACUGAUCACCGCUUGAUCAAUGAACUCGCCUUGCGAGAUGGCAGUAACACCGCCGCUCCUCCACCUUCGGUCAUUGCAGCAGAACUUGAACCGCUAUCACCGUUGCCGCUGUUACCACCACCGGUGGAGGUAGAAAGAGAGGAUCAGAAGAAGCAGGGGGAGCAAGCUAACUCCGACGGCACAAGUGUGGCGGUGGCAGCCGCCGAAGGAUCAAUCGUCUCCCCAGAAGAAAACUGCCACCCCCUUGUCGUGGGCAGUGCGGCGAUGCCGGAGGUGGUGGCGCACGCCCUGGAGGCCGCCGACAAAAAAUCUGAGUACGAUGGCGACAAAGCAGGAGCACAGGGUGAGCAAAACGACGUGGAGGCGUUGGCGGAAGGAGGAAGCGAGAGGGGGAGCAGCGGAGCCAAGCCGGGUGCCGAUCCGCCGGCCGGAAAGGAACCCGUAGAUCCAGCGGAUUCUAGUGCAGCCGCCGCUGCCACCGAUUGCUCGGCGAGAGCCUCGCAGGAGCCCGACAUCGUGGCGAGCCACAAGAAGCCACCGCCGCCACGGCCACAAGUGCCGCCCCCCCGCGUGCCGGCGGUUCAUGCGCAGCCGCAGCAGCAGCAGCCACAGCAGCAGCAGCAGCAGCCGCAGCAGCAGCUAAUGCCGCCUCCACGGCCACCCCCUCCACAGAGACCUAAGAAGGUGGAGGGGCAGCCGUCGCUGGAGGAGGUGAAGAGGCCAACUCUGCUGGAAGUCCCACAAGAGCCCGUGUCUCCAAGCGGUCUGGUGAGCCCCAACACAGCCGUGGAGAAUCUGGCCAAGGAGCUCCAGUCCCUGGAUCUCGCCAGUCUCACGGCAGGGGAAAAGGUCAUCGAGGCACAGGAGAAGGAUGCUGGUGCAGCUGACAGUCGACCAGCUGCUAAAGCUGAUCGCCCACGCUCCAAUUCUGGACGGGAGCUCACCGACGAGGAAAUCCUUGCGAUGGUGAUCGUCAAGAACCUGGACACGGGAGAGGAGAUUCCGCUGAACCAGGCCGAAGAGAUACUCCCAAAAGGCCACAACCCCUUGGCUUUGCACAUCAUGCGGCGCACUAAGGAGUUCAUCAGCAGCAUAGGUGCAGCGGGCUCGGACGAUGAGGAGAAGUGCCAACCUCAAGGGGUGGAACAGGAUGGCAAAAAACUCAAGCAGAAAACAGUUCAGCUGAAGCGGUUCCUCGGGAAAUCGAUGAAGAAGGCCAAGGUGUUGGCCGAGGAGUACGGCGAGCGGGCCGUCAGCAAAGUGCGCAGUGUGCGGGACGAAGUGCUGCACGGGGAGCAGGAGGAUCAGUCGAGCGACGAGGAGGAGGGGAUGCCAUACACGAGGCCCGUGAAGUUCCGCGCCGCACACGGCUACAAGGGGCCCUACGACUUCGACCAGAUCGUCAUGGUGCAGGACCUGAGCCAGGAACACAAGGGCGCCGUGUGGACCAUGAAGUUCUCCCACUGUGGGCGGCUGCUUGCGACGGCCGGGCAGGACAACGUGGUUCGCAUCUGGGUGCUCAAGCAGGCGCACGAGUUCUUCAGCAACAUGCGGCAGAAGUACAACACGGAGGGCCGGGUGUCUCCCUCUCCUUCCCAGGACAGCCUGAGCUCCAUCAAGUCGGAGACAGAGAUCGCCUCUCCGGACGACUCUGAAAGGAGCGACAGUGCGGCACCCUUCAGGAGACAGCCUUUCUGUAAAUACAGCGGACACACGGCCGACCUGCUUGACCUGUCAUGGUCAAAGAACUACUUCCUGCUGUCGUCCUCCAUGGACAAAACGGUGCGGCUGUGGCACAUCUCGCGCAAGGAGUGCCUGUGCUGCUUCCAGCACAUCGACUUCGUCACCGCCAUCGCCUUUCACCCGCGGGACGACCGCUACUUCUUGAGCGGCUCGCUGGAUGGCAAGCUGCGGCUGUGGAACAUUCCCGAGAAGAAAGUGGCCCUCUGGAACGAGGUGGACGGCGCCACCAAGCUCAUCACGGCCGCCAACUUCUGCCAAAAUGGCAAAUUCGCCGUCAUCGGCACUUACGACGGGCGCUGCGUUUUCUACGAGACGGAGCACCUCAAGUACUUCACGCAGAUCCACGUGCGAUCCAGCCGAGGACGCAACCGCGUCGGGCGCAAAAUCACGGGAAUCGAGCCCCUUCCUGCGGAGAACAAGAUCCUCGUGACUUCAAAUGACUCGCGAAUCCGCCUGUACGACCUCCGCGACCUCUCGCUCUGCAUCAAGUACAAGGGCAGCCUCAACAACAGCAGCCAGAUCAAAGCCAGCUUCAGUCACAACUUUCAGCACAUGGUGUCUGGCUCCGAGGACCGCUACGUUUACCUGUGGAAGACCUACCAUGACGUCAACCGCUUCUCCUCCGUCCGCAGGGACCGCAACGAUUACUGGGAGGGCUUCAAGGCUCACAACGCAGUCGUGACGUCGGCGAUCUUCUCGCCCCAUCCUGCGCUCAUCACCGGCUCGGACGGUCCGGCGGUCGAGGAGGUAGUGCCCAGCGAGGGCGGCGAGGGAGCCACGGAGAGCGGCACGGCCGGUUCUGCCCGGUCAGAGGAGCACGGCGAGGUGUUGGUGACGGCAGAUUUCACCGGCGCUAUUAAGGUCUUUCACAACCGCACGCGCCGCACAGAACCGGCCGUGCCAUGAGCAUCACCAGCACGGCUGCCCUCCUUUCUCUCUGUCUCUCUGCCCGUGUCACUGUCCGUGUCUCUGUCCAUCUCUCUGUCCAUCUCUCUGUCCAUCUCUCUCACUUGGCGACAGCCACAACCUUGGCCCUCUAUCUUCCAACAGCCACGCUAGGGUUGCAAUCUCUUAAAGGUACAUGCCAUGGUUAUGAAGAAUAUCUCACAAUAGCAGAGAGAGGGGAGAAUUUAAUGUAAAUGCAUUGCCUUGGGUGGUGAAUUAUUAUUAUUAUUACGCAGCUGACAAAAUCCGGGAUUUUUUACGCCCUGCUAAGACUGACAGAUUUUGUCCGGGACGCAGCUUGCCGCCUGCACGACAAGAGCACUAUUCUGGGAAAACUGGGGACAGGGGACAACCGCUAGCUCGCUCGGCCACAGCAUGCGCUCCACGAUGUUGUGAUCCUGCCGAGUGCCGUGGUGGUCAGAGCGCAGGGUGGCUCACAGCCCCCUGAGCGAGUCUUGCCGAACUUAAAGGGAUUAUUCAUCAUCAUCGUUGCUUUCAAAAUCCCCGCGGAGAAAGGGGGAGGUGGGGCAUGCAUCGCUGUUGAUUCUCGAGGUAGAAGGGUGAAUUGUUGAUUAACUAAUUGGUUUUUGGAAACUGAAGUAGAGAUGAUGUCAGAUACUUGGCACAAGUAUGCUUCUGGGCACUACAGAGGCAGAAAAUUCCAGCCUCAGAAUUUAUUUAAGCUUAUCUUGAUUUCAGUUGCGGUAGAUAGGUGUGCCGCUCGUGGUUGGGGAAGUGGCUAGGAGAUGUUAACUACCUCGCCUGGUAUGCAGGAGGUCGUGGGUGCGAUCCUAACCCUGACGCCUGCUGUAUAAUUGGAGUUUGCAUGUUUCUCUUCCCGUGGUCGUGUUGAU